AAUAUACGCAUAUUCGCAAUUAUUACCUGCUAAUAAAAAUCACAUUUUGUAAGCACCAACCAAUCCACUGAUGCUGGCUGGAUACAUCCAAUCUUUAGAUAGCUCAACUUUGAAUGAAUUAAAUGUACAGCCUUAUAAAAUUCAAUACCACCUAACACACAAAACUCUAUAUAAAGGCAUCCACAUAAUCCUGCUACAGCAGUCUUCGCACAUCAUUUUCACACAUACACAGAAGACACUAGAAUACAUUGAGUACUGGAGUAGUCAAUGGUGAAGGGUUCAUCGAGAAUGGAUAAACAGAACACUGGUAUGAUCUUAUCAUCGACCAGUGAUGCUAGCAAUAGCAAAGGCACUGUUAUGAUGGCUGUACUGCAACAUUUCAUGAAAAAGGAAGCAAAGCUGAAGAAACAGAUAGAGGCUUCAAAACUCCGAGGUGAGGAGCUGAAGGCCCGGGAGAAGAAUUUUGAUCCAAAACUGGUGCGCAUGAUGAAUGGCGACUUUGAGGGAAUAGGAUUGGAGGAGUUGAAAAAUUACCAUGACAAGUUAGUUGAAAUACAGUCCAUGAUUCGUGACCAACUCAACUAAUGUUCUGCUUAGAGCCUGAGCCAACCAUGCUCCUAGGGUGAUGCCAACAGAGUUGGGGCAUUUGGAAAUGGAGUGUCUGCUCUCCAAAUAAUGGUGCAAAUCAAAUCAAUAAUAAUUAUGAUCAUCCCUGAGAGGAUCAAUUACAUUUAGGCCCUGUUUGGAUCCCCUUGCUAAAUUUUAGCUAGCUAAACUUUAGUCACUUUAGUAGCUAAAGUUCCAAACACAUUGACUAAAAGAAGCUAAAAUAGUUUAGUUCCAUUAGUCACUCAAGAGUAGCUAAAAUAAUUUUAGCUAGCUAAAAUUUAGCAAGGGGAACCAAACAGGGCCUUAAUGAUGAUCAUAUCUCCCAAACUACCUUAUUUGCAGUUCUGUUUUUUUUAUGAUGAAUUUGUAUUUGGUACUCUUGCCAAUAUGACAUUAUGUUGAUCUAGUCAUUGUUUGAUGUUUGUUGAUGACUUAUAUAUUAUUAAA